AUGUAAUAUUAAUAGCAAAUUUCUUUAUCAACAGGAAAGUCAAUAAACCAACCAAAAAAUAUUAUAGAAGACUCUCUCCUUUAAUUUCUAAAUGAAAGUAACUAUUUAGAAAUUGAAUCAUCUUAAGAGAACCAUUAAAAAUUAAUAAAUUGUUAAACUGAACCUAUUCUAUAAACCAAAGAAUCAUGUAUUUCAAAUUCAUACACCUUAAGCAACAAUAAAGUAAUUAAAUUUUUUAUUUAGUUUAAUUUUUUAACAUAUGAAAUUCUUGAAUGGGAAACAUUAUAUAAUACUCUACCUUCUGAAAUUUAUCAUUUCCUUACAUUAUUAAAAUCUUAGUGUUAUACAGGUACAAUAAUUUAUACAAUUGAAUAAAUAGAUGGUUUGAUCAAACAGAGCUAAAUAAAUAUGUAUUUGAUUAAAAUAAAAAUAGUAAAAAUUAACUGGAAUUUUUCAAUUAAAUCUUAGACAAAGGAUGGAUUUCAAAAAAAAUACGAAAUUUUAAUGGAACUAAAAUUAAUUUUUAUGCAUUAGCAGUGAAAAAACUAACUUAUGAAAAUUUAUUUUGGGUUAUUAAAUCAAUAAAGAAAGAUUUAAUUACUCCAACAGAAAGAUUGGUUUAGAGUAGAAUUAAAGAAUGUUAUGGAUUUAAAUACAGUAGAUAUGAAUGGAAUCAUAUUAUUAAUUACAUUAAAUCAUCAAAAUAAGUUACUAAGUUUGGAUCUUCAUUUGGGAAAUCAGUUGAAUUACCUAUUAUUUAAGUAAUUAAAAUUAAAGAUCCUUUGAUUUAAGAAGAAACAUAAGGAAUCUAUUUUUAAAAGUAAAAUUGGCAUGUGGAAGAUGAGUUUUAAUAGGAUUUAGAUUAGAAGCAAGAAUGGAAUAUAUUUAUUGAAUACUUGUAAAGCAUAUUUGACAAAAACAGUGUUCAAAAUAAUAAAAUCUUAAAAAGUGGUAGAUAUGGGUGUGCUUAAUUUAUAAAACUUUUAGGUCCUAAGAAAUUGAGAGAGUUAUCGUUAGGUAGAUUAACAUUAUAUAUGCAAAUGGCUGUUAAUAAAAACCAUAUUAGAAACACUAAAACAGUAUUAGUUUAAGAUAACAGAGAGAAAUCAGAAUAUACAACUGAUAGUUCUUUAGAUGGAGAUCCCUAUAUUAAAAUGAAAAUUAAGGAACUUUAGGAAUAAUUAAUUCAAUUAUUAUUAGAAAAUUUAGAUGGGUAUGAAAUCAUCUUUAAUUAAGAGUGUAUUGUUAACUUAAAUACCUACAUUAUUAAAGAAACGAGUAAGUUUUGAAUUAAAUUUAAUUGAACUCGGAUUCCCAAAAUUAAGAAACUUUAUAGAAACAGUCAAGGAUGUUAUAUAAAUUGAAAAUAAUGGUAGAAAUAAUGUUAUUGCUAAAUUGAAUUAGACAAAAUUUUGGAAUAAAAAUUAAAGUAAUUAAUAAAAGUUGAUCUUAGACAAAAUAGGAUUGGAUUCUAGUAAUUAGAAAUGUAUUUCCAUUAUUUUAGAUUUGUUGAAGAACAUAUUAAGUAAACAUAAGUAUGGGAUAAGCAUUAAUUAAUUAUAUUAUGAUUUAUCACAAUUAUUAGGUGAAUGGUUUAAUUAUUAAAAAUUCUAAUGCUAAAGUUUCUUUUAGUUUUUGUAAAAUUAUGCAGAAAAUAUAUUAAUCAUAGUAUGCCAAAAGGGAAAUCAAUAUUUAAUUUAUGAGAAGGAUCUUAGAUUCUUACCUCCUCCAACUUCUAGAUAUGAAAUCAAUGAUUAAUAAUUUGAUCAUAUCUUAAGUGAAACCUUUUAAUGUAAUUUUGGAUUCUCAUUUCUAUAAUCAAGUUUUUCUAAUAGUUGGUUGGGAAAAGCUGAGGAUUCUAAACUCAGAUAUAAAUCACUUCAAGGUAUUGAAGACUCUCAUUAGGAAAUUAAAGAGAAUUUAAAAUUCAUUGACGAAAUGUUAGGUUUAUACAUAUUAUUAACUAUAAGGAUAUGAAAAAAUAUAAAAUGAAACAUAUUCUAUAUAAGAUUGGUCAGAAAAAUCAAUGAAUCCUUUAGAAAUGUUAAGCUCUAUUAAUUAUGGUUAUAGUGAAAUUCAAACAGAUUUUGAUUUGACAAAAGAAUUACAAAUCUCUCUCUCUUAACAAGCACCUUAGUAAUCUAUUCAAUAAUAAGAAAGUAAAAAAUAUUGA